AUGCUCUUUUCCCAGAUCCUGACUGCGGCGCUCUCCUUUUCCGUAAUUUCCGCUUCGCCGGUGGGAACUUCAAGCCUACAGGCAGAACACGGCCCAGAAGUCAUCGCCCGUGGCCCACUCGCGUCGCUUUGCCACCAAUUCGCUGACACUGCUGGCCAAGUCAGAAACAACGUACCCCCAAUAUGGGGAGGACAACAAGACAGGCUCGGUGAUCUACUACUGCAGGUCGACCGCGGCGCCGAGACAGCCCGCCAAGCAUGUCUUCAUAUAGAUGCUGGGUUCUGA